GAAUCAACAUCGCAGAGGUUCUACGCCCGGUGAUCAAACGAGUGUCCAAUUAUUUCCAGCAGUUCAUGAUGUCACUGCACGGCGUGCUGGAGCGAUCGCUUGCUAUUGUCAGGUUGAGCUUGACCCGAUUGUCUGAAGUAUUUAGAGGCCCUGUACAUGUGGCCGGCACAUUCGCACGACGAUCUCUUCAGCAGUUAAUCACCAGGCUUCAGAACUGGCUGUCUUUUGUUGUUUCGCGCGUUUCGACAAAGGUCGUGGACUCAGAAGCACAAGCACUCGACCUGAAUUUGGACACUUUGUCGGAGGAUGAAUACGCGGUCACCCUUCCUGACAUACCCACCAGCAAUCUUGAAGCACCUAGCGUCAAAUGGCUGCUCGAGACCUCUACGGAUCCUGAAGUGUUUCUCGCCGCUGCCAGCCUUGUUCCGCAGGUCGAAUGGACCCUGGAUCUUGACACCUCAGAUAUGCUGUAUCAGCUGUAUGAUACUUUCACAGACUGCGUCGGCUUCGAUGGAAAAAUUAUGCCAUCGUUGGAGGAGAAGGCAUCAGCUUGUCUGAUGGCUAUGAGUCAUCUCUAUUAUGGCCGGGUUUUUCAGGUAUAUCCUGACCGUGAUGAAUUUCUUGGUCGCGGGAGAAGAGACUGUGACUACGAUGUGUUAUCCCGGAUGCAACUAGUAGACAUGGGUGGGGCCAACGACAUGGUGCUUAGGACGACUAUGAAUCUUUGCCUUCCAGAAAAUGACAGGGGUAUGUCUUUGUGGUAUCCGUUACAUGGAUGUCCCGACUCUGUCAUGGAGUGGCUGUCGCAUUCCCUCACUUACCACUUUGUCACUGGGCGAGUGCAUCAGGAUAUAGAACGAUUCGCCAUAGAUGUGAUAUCAGAACUGCUGUCCUCUUCGUCCUCCCCGUCGAAUCAAAUCGUAGCCAAUUGCACUCUUCUUGCUUGCGUCAUGGUCGGGGUCCAGUUUGACAAGAAGGACAUAGUUCGUAUCGACAAAAGUUCUUCCCUGCCUCAAUUCGUGAAUGCACUUUUGGCGAAGUUUCAAAUGGUUCUUCGGGAAUACGAUGGAGGCGAUCUCGACAAAGACAGUACAGGAGUUACACGCAGGGCAUGGAAACUCCUCGACGUCAUUUGUCUCAUGCUUGAGUCUGCCAAAGAUCACUAUCCUACGAGUCGUUCAGUCGACGUCAUGCGGAACCUGGACGCGUGCCGGAAGAUCUAUUCACGACUCAGGUCACCCGAACAAAAUGAUCCCUGGGAACUGUUGAAAGCUCUGAAAAAUGGACUACGCUUCACGCUCACUGCUGCCAAAGUAUCUCGGGACCCUGCCCGCUGGUGGCAUAGCUAUUAUUUAUGGUCGGAUGAUUCCCAUCCACCAGAAGAUUUCGACUGGUUGGUGGACUGCCCCGAGUACAUUUAUUACAACGAGGAGAUGACAUUUGACAUCCUUUUGUUCCUGGUGGUCAUGAAAGCACGCUGCAGCCCUGCUAAACAACAUCAGUUCUUCAAGAGCCUCAUUGCCUGCAUGGGCAGUAACAUGCCUAAGCAUUUACGUUAUAUUGCUCUCCGUGCAGCUCACGAUAAUCGAGAAGCAAUUGCUUCAAUUGAUGCCAUCCACGAUGUGGAGUUGCGAGACAUGAUCCUGACCGAGUUAUCCCCCGCUAUCCUGACUGCGGUUUGUCCGCAACCAGGCACAACAUACUCCAGUGAUGAUUCUGACAGCGACUUGUGCUAUCUUGAACUGCUAUUUGCUCUCACAAGGAAUUCCAAUUGGCACCCCCAUUUGUCUAGGGAUCACCAUAUAGAUCGAUGCAUUAGCAUUAUUGCAAAGUGCCGCCUCGCCGAGCAACCUGCAUUUUACCUUGUCGGCAUUCUCCUGCGAAUCGCACCUGAACGAUUGUCGGUUACAUCGCUCGAUUCUAUCAUGGUGCAACGGUGGUGGGAUGUACUCGACAAUGCAUGGUUCAAUCUCAUCGUGACUGAAGACAUACACUGUUUCGAGUUACUUCCUGUCCUUGUGGAAGGCACGAAGAAGCAUAUGCAGAUUUCUCCGGAAUAUGGUCUCAAGCAUCUCACUGAAAAAUUGGAUGCUGUUCUCGAAGUACUGGAGAGGCGAAAUUCAGAGCAGGGAGAGGGAGAGUGCAUCGAUAUUGCUAUGACAGAGAGUAUCGUCGCUGUGAAAGAGUUGAGGACUGUAGCCGGCGAGAUGCUUGAGAAGUUGAUCGACAGUGAAGGAGUUAUUCCCUGAUGAUCACGGUACUUGCAUGUUGUGCUAGUAUCCUGGGACCGGAGGAAGGGAUGGAGCAAUGCGCGAGGGGAUAAGUAUUACGACUAAAACAAAUAUUGAUAUUCGGUGUGUAUAUAUUUCAUAGGAGACAAGUCGACUUUGUACGAUAUCUAAGACUACUACUUUCUCC